UUCUUCUCACACAAUUUUAUGAUCCAUGAGUUUCGUCAUCUUUUAAGGCCUUAUCCUUUAUAUUUUAUUUUUUAUUUAUUUUUUCGGCACCUCUACAACAUUUCUUCUUCUGUUGUUUGCUCUUUUUUACACUUUGUUUGCUCAGUUUUAGGCUCUAAAAUAUCUUUUUUUAUUCUUUUAUUUACGGCAUUUUUAAACAAGACACACACCAGAAUCUCCUUUCAACCCUUUUUUGUUUAUUUACCAAUUUAG